AUGGCUGCGAGAGUUGAUCUUGAGAAGAUUCAAUCCCGAUUUCUUUGUGAUGACAUUGAUGAUAUUCUGAGGGAAGAGGAAAAAUCUAACCUUGCCACUUUUAGAGAGCUUAGUUCUAUGGAGGAGAGUUUUGAGAGACAAAAGGUUGUUUCGAGAGAGGAGGUUAGAAAUGCUAUGGCUAACAUCAAUGGAAAUAAGAGCCCCGGGCCUGACGGUUUCAAUGCGGAGUUCUUUAAAGCCAAUUGGGAUAUUGUGGGUAAUGACAUUACAGAGGGGAAUCUUCUAAAGGGUUAUGGAAAAAGGAAGAUCUCACCUUGGGUUGCGUUUAAAAUUGACAUUCGUAAGUCUUUUGAUUCCGUUAAAUGGGGAACUAUACAUGAUUUUCUUGUCGUUGCUGGUUUUCCUAGAAUCUUUAUUAAAUGGAUUAUGCAAUGCGUCUCUACUUCCCGUUUUAUAGUUUGUGUUAAUGGUGUUCACGGGGGCUAUUUCAAUGGCGAAAAUGGUGUGAGACAAGGCGAUCAUCUCUCUUCUUACAUCUUCGUAUUGAUCAUGGAGGUCUUUGAGAGUGUCUUAACGACAUUCCGAAAGAAUCGCCAUUACACUUUCCACCCAUUCUGCGAAGAGGAGAAGAUCACUUAUUUAUGUUUCGCAGACGACUUGUUCUUAUUUGCUCAUGCUGAUGUUGAAACCAUUAAUACUAUAAAAGAUGUGCUUAACUUCUUUUCUGAUGUUACAGGUUUAGCAAUUAAUGUUGAUAAAAGUUUAGCGUUCUAUGGAGAUGUUGAUGAUGAGACAAAGGCUAGGAUACAAGACAUUAUGGGCAUCCCCGAGGGUUCGUUUCUGCUAAGGUCGCGGAGAAAGAAAGUCAAGUGGAUCAAUGUUUGCAAACCGAAAGACGAAGGUGAUAUUGGACUGAGGAGCUGUGUUGAGUGGAAUCGGGCUGUUACCUACAAACAUCUUUGGGCAUUACAAACAAAACAAGAUUCUUUAUGGGUCAAGUGGGUGCACUCUCGAUUCUUGAAGCACGAAUUAAGCAUAUGGACUUGUAGAAUCACGGAUGACAUGACUUGGUCUUUGAAGAAGAUUUUGAAACUGAAAAACAGCCUUGGUUUGAUCUUUGAUAUUCGUAUUGGGGAUGGGUGUGGUACUCUCUUUUGGCACGACUCUUGGUUUGAAAACCAACCGUUGAUCACUAAAGAGGAAUUUCGAGGAUUGAGAAUAAGAAAGGAUUGUGCAGCUGCCACGAUUUGUGAUAUUGAUGAUGGGCGUUGGGUUUCAAUUAUUAUACGGGUUCCGGAAGGAAGAUGA